GCAUUUUAAGUGGAGCUAUCAGUUAAUUUGCAUGCCAUUUUAAUGGACCAAAAUAUGAAGAAGCAUUGUUUUGAUUUGUAGAAUUUCACCUGUUAGUGGCAUGUCCAGCCAAAUUGGCCAUUAAAUUCCAAAACUCGGAUUUUCAGGAACUUAUCCAUUUAUUUAUCUGCCAUAUAUUUGUUAACAAUGUCGCUGUUUAAAGCGAUUCAAUGGGAACUAUGUAAAAGGCUACCAAAUAUCCAUAGACGUUGUUUUAGCACCAAAGAUAUACGUAACAUUGGGAUAUUGGCCCAUAUCGAUGCCGGAAAGACUACCACUACCGAACGUAUGCUUUUCUAUUCGGGAAAGACACGUUCAUUGGGUGAAGUGCAUCGUGGGAAUACAGUAACUGAUUAUUUAACACAAGAACGCGAGCGGGGUAUUACAAUAUGCAGUUCAGCGGUUACAUUUCAUUGGAAGGAUAAAAAAAUAAACCUUUUGGACACACCGGGUCACAUAGACUUUACAAUGGAAGUGGAACAAUCGCUUUAUGCAGUGGAUGGUGUUGUUGUUGUGUUGGAUGGUACAGCGGGUGUAGAAGCUCAGACCAUGACGGUUUGGUCACAGGCCGAAAAGCAUCGUUUGCCCAAAAUUAGUUUUGUCAAUAAAAUGGAUCGUCCUGAUGCAGAUUUUGAUAAAUGCCUUAUAGAUCUAGAAACUAAAUUGGAUGCCAAGCCAAUAUCUUUGCAAUAUCCACUCAAAGAUUCCAAAGGAAAUUUGUCUAUUUACGACAUAAUACGUCUGGAACAUAUUACAUGGAAUGCCCAAAGUCUGGGCCGUGUCUACGAAUCGAAACCGGUAACAGAUGAAAAUACCUUAUUGGAAUUACAAGACAAACGAAAUGCCUUAAUUGACCAACUCUCCGGUAUAGAUGAUAACUUGGCUGAUUUUGUCAUUAGCAAUGAUGGUUUCGACAAGGUAACAAAUGAUUUGAUAUACACUGCCCUACGACAAGCCACCUGCCAACAAAAAGUUGUACCAGUCAUGUUGGGAUCAGCAUAUAAAAAUGUGGGGGUUCAACAUCUAAUGGAUGCUGUCAUACAGUAUCUACCACAUCCAAAUGAACGUAAUCAAUUGUAUGACUGUUUUGAAGAUGAUUUUGUAGGUAAAGUUUUUAAAAUUGUCCACGACAAACAGAGAGGGCCUCUGACAUUGGUACGUAUACUCCGAGGCGAUCUGAAAAAAAGUAUGCGCUUAACCUCGACCCGUGGGCAAUCGGAAGUUGUGGGCAAAAUGUACGAACCCCUGGCCGAUGAAUAUCGGGAAAUUCAAGCGGCACAGGCAGGUGAUGUAGCUUUGUGUUCAGGAUUGAAGCACACCGUUACCGGAGAUUUGUUGGUAACAAGUACAACAUCUCUGAAAAAUGCCCAAAAACGUUUACAAAAAUCGCUGGAGAAGAAAACUGAUGUCAUGACCAACAAUGUCGAUGAUGGUGAUGACGAAGUACAUGUGGAUCUCAUUAAUGAAAUCUUUUCACUGGAACACCAAAUACCAGAUGCCGUGUAUUUCUGUUCCAUAGAACCACCCAGUUCGGCCUAUCAAAAUGCCAUGGAAUUGGCUUUGAAACAACUGCAAAGAGAAGAUCCAAGUUUGAGGGUUUCCUUUGAUGCUGUUACGGGGCAAACGGUUUUGGGUGGUAUGGGUGAACUACAUAUGGAUAUAAUAAAGUCACGCAUUUUAACGGAAUACAAGAUCGAAGUUGAUUUGGGUCCCCUGCAAAUUGCCUAUAAGGAAACAAUUGAAAAUCCUGCCAAAACAACUCUGACAAUGGAAAAAGAGAUUGCCGGCUCGAAGCAAAGUGUAACAAUAACAUUGGAAUUAGUAAAGGAUAAAAAGGACAUAUUCAGUUUAGAUAAAUCGCCAGAAAAUACAAAUAAUUUAUUGGCCAUAAGACCGAGAACGCUGCAAGUCAUACGCAAGGGUUGUAUAUCCGCCCUCGAAAGAGGACCCAAGGUGGGGGGACAGGUGGUGGAAACCCAAAUUAAAUUGCACAAUAUUACCAUAGGAAGGGGAACAGCAGAUUCGUUUAUAAUGGCGGCAGCCGCACAAUGUAUUCAAAAGAUUUUAACAGAAAAUGGUACGCGACUACUGGAACCCAUUAUGUCAAUACAAAUUGUUGUACCCAAUGAACGAACAUCUGGAAUUUUAGCCGAUUUGGGUAGGAGACGAGCCACCAUCAAUGAUGUCAUGCCAAAGGGCGAUAAGAACAAAUUGAUUUUGGUUAAUGCGCCCUUAGCAGAACUAUCGAAUUAUUCAAGUAUUUUGCGUACCAUCAGUUCGGGUACUGCAAGUAUGACAAUGCAACCAUAUGGUUUUACGGUCAUGAAUACAAACGAUGAAGAAACGGCGAUACGAAGAGCUCAGGGAUUUGAGUAAAGUAAAUUGUUAACAAAAUUAUUGUUGUUUUAGUUUGUAAUAGAAAAAAAUGAAACUCGAGAAAAAU